AUGUCUACCGCUAUAAUGCAUCAGUCUGCGCUGUACGAAUUUGGUGAUCUGUUCUUGAAGAAUCAAACUCGCCCAGUGCAGACUAUGAACGCUACCUUGAGUAGUGCCCUUGGUCCAGUCGGCACGAAUAACGUCUCUUCUACCGUCGGCUGGGAUCAGCAUCCAGUUCUCGCACGAGCGGCAUCCGUACCUGCACAACGCGCCGCUUUAGCCGGUCUCCUAAACAGCCUGGGUCACCGCCGCCUUGAACGCACCACUAGCGACCCCGCACCCCCGCCACCUGCGACAAGUCGAUACAAAACUGAACUCUGCCGACCAUUCGAAGAAGCAGGGGUUUGCAAGUACGGCGACAAAUGCCAGUUCGCCCACGGAGUACGCGAGCUACGCAAUCUUCAACGCCAUCCAAAAUACAAAACAGAACUGUGCCGCACGUUCCAUUCUGUGGGAUUCUGUCCAUACGGACCACGCUGCCACUUUGUCCACAACGCAGAAGAAGCUAGACGCCGUGAGCCGCCCUCGCCUGGCGGAUCUCUAGCUUCAUUGUCGUCUGGAGGCUCCCUAGCCUCUUACAUGAGCGACGGGUCCCGCUCGCCGAGGUCCCCCCACUCGCCGCUGACGCCGCAGUCGCCUCUCGCGCCGCACUCGCCGCCCGCAGUGUCUCCGCCCGCACACGCCACCUCUUUCGCCUUCCGUCGCACGAACUCGCCGGACCCGGAGGAAGAGCGAUUGCCCGUCUUCAAUCGCCUCUCUUCCGCGUUCAGCGACAUCGUCAUCGCC